AUAAGAAACCGAUUAGGAUCCCACUGAAUCUACACACAUAAUAGUCAAGUGGCAAUGUCGAAGUCCCCGGAGCUCGAGCACCCUCAGAAAGCCUUUGGCUGGGCGGCCAGAGAUGCCUCUGGAGUCCUCUCUCCUUUCAAAUUUUCCCGAAGGGCAACGGGAGACAAAGAUGUGAAGUUCAGAGUGCUAUACUGUGGGAUCUGCCAUACUGACAUCCAUAACGUUAAGAAUGAAUGGGGAGUGACCAAAUUUCCCGUCGUCCCUGGGCAUGAAAUUAUUGGGGAAGUGACUGAGGUGGGAAGCAAGGUGGAGAAGUUCAAGGUCGGAGACAAAGUCGGAGUCGGCUGCUUGAUCUGGUCUUGUGGCUCCUGUGACAACUGCCACGGCCACGAUGAGAACUACUGCCACCAAAUGGUCCUCACUUACGGAGGGCGUCCGUACCCUGACGGCUCCAUGACCUACGGAGGCUACUCCAACAUAAUGGUGGUCGAAGAGUGCUUCACGUUAAGGAUUCCUGAUGCCCUGCCCCUUGAUGCUGCAGCACCUCUGCUGUGUGCCGGGAUCACAGUCUACAGCCCGCUGAAGUUCCACGGGCUGGACCGACCUGGGGUCCAUGUGGGUGUGGUCGGACUUGGCGGGCUAGGGCACGUGGCUGUGAAGUUUGCGAAAGCUCUGGGUGUCAAGGUGACAGUCAUCAGCACCUCCCCAGGCAAGAGAGAGGAGGCUCUCAAGCACCUCGGUGCCGACUCAUUCCUCGUCAGCACGGACAUGAGUCAAAUACAGGGUGCACUAGGAACAAUGGAUGGUAUCAUCGACACAGUCUCAGCGGUGCACUCUCUAUUGCCUUUGAUUGGUCUGCUCAAGACACGUGGCAAGAUCAUCAUCGUCGGUGCACCCGAUAAGCCCCUUCAGUUGCCCGCGUUACCCAUUAUUUUCGGGGCGAAUGGUAUAUAUGGGAGUUGCGUCGGGGGGAUCAAGGAGACCCAGGAGAUGAUCGAUUUUGCAGCAAAGCAUAACAUAACAGCCGACAUAGAGGUCAUUCCAGUCGACUAUGUUAAUACUGCCCUGGAACGCCUUGCCAAGGGCGAUGUCAAGUAUCGUUUUGUCAUUGACAUCAGGAAAACUCUCGAGGAGGCUUAGACGUAUAUUUUGCUGGGAUGGCAAUACAAAAUAAAUUCGUGGAACUGAAGUGAUCUGCCAUAAUAAUAGACUGCCUUUAAUUGAGGAAGCAGCCAUAGGAGAAAGUAUUCAUUUUUUUUUUGUUAUUAUUCCUAUUCAAGAUUUUGGUUUUACUUGGCAAAAAAUUGAGGAUUGUUGCUAUUAAUUGUUGCUAUUACUUGGAUAUAUAUUAAUAAGGUUUUUUUUCCCUAUUAA